AUGAUGAACAACAAGCUUUCAGUGGUGAUUUUCUUUUUGUUGUUGUUGUUGGUCAUUAGUUUGACCACUUUACAACUUGUGGCAACUGUCAAUGCUGAAGAAAAUAACAACAACAACUCAAAAUCCUCCUCCGCCACAACCACCACAACCACUACUUCUACGAAACGAAUAACAACAACACGUCGUCAUAGAAAACUAUUUAAAUCCACUCUCAUUCGUCUCUUCAAAAAGUAUGGAAUUAAUAUUAAAAACAACAACAAAUCGGUGGUGAUGGUCUCUCAACAAGACGCUCAAGCCAUUCGUUCUCAUUUGAAUCGAGUCGAAAAACGUUUGAGAAGACUUUUGAAACAAAUGUCAAGAAAGUACAAGGAAAUUCGAAUUCGAGUGAAAAGUUUGCGUCGAUCAUUGAUUGAAAAGAAACGAACUUAUCGACGAGCAAGAAUGAUUUACAAAAAGUAUAUUGAAAAGAGUGAAAAAGUUAUUACAGAACAAGUCACAGAGACAUCUUCAGAUGAAGAGAACAAGACAUUACGAGAAGCUGAGACUAAACUCGCUCAGUUCAAGGAAUUGUUGAAGAAUGAAAGGUUGAACUUUAAGAGAUUGAAGGAGUCAUGGAAGAAGGCCAGAGAAUUGAGAAAGAAACAUAAUGCCAAGAUCAAGGCUCAAUUUAAUGUCAUUAAUCAAUUGAGAAGUUUGAUUUCUCACACAGCUUCUGACAAUUAA